CUCAGCUCAGUCCUCUCCGUGGCUGUCCAACUCAGAACAGCAACUGCUGAGACCACCCUGAGAAGAGAAUGAUCCUAAACAGAGCUCUGAUUCUGGGGGCCCUCACCCUGACCACCAUGAUGAGUGCCUGUGGAGGUGAAGACAUUGUGGCUGACCACUUUGGCUCCUAUGGCACAUGCAUCUACCAGUCUUAUGGUCCUUUUGGUCAGUACACCCAAGAAUUUGAUGGAGAUGAGAUGUUCUAUGUGGACCUGGAGAAGAAGGAGACUGUGUGGCGGCUGCCUGUGUUUAGCGAGUUUGCAGGUUUUGACCCACAGGGUGGACUGAGCGACAUUGCUACAUCAAAACACAAUUUGGACAUCUUGAUUAAACGUUCCAACUCUACUGCUGCUACAACUGAGGUUCCUGAGGCGACUGUGUUUCCCAAGUCUCCUGUGAUGCUGGGUCAGCCCAACACCCUCAUCUGUCUCGUGGACAACGUCUUCCCUCCUGUGAUCAAUGUCACAUGGUUGAGGAAUGGGCACUCAGUCUCAGAAGGUGUUUUUGAGAUGAGUUUCCUCCCCAAGAAUGAUCAUUCCUUCCUGAAGAUCAGUUACCUCACCUUCCUCCCUUCUGCUGACGAUAUGUAUGAUUGCAAGGUGGAGCAUUGGGGCCUGGAUGAGCCACUUCUGAAACACUGGGAACCUGAGAUUCCAACCCCGAUGUCAGAGCUGACAGAGACUGUAGUCUGUGCCUUGGGAUUGGCUGUUGGCUUUGUGGGCAUUGUGGUGGGCACCUUCCUCACCAUCCGAGGCCUACGUUCGGGUGGCGGCUUGAGACACCAAAGGUGCUUGUGAGUUCCAUCAGAGAAGGGAAGGCACAUCGCCCAUCUACAAGAGCAGAAGAGUGGAUGUGCUGGAUGACCUCGCACUAUUUACUGGCCCAGUUCAUCAUACUCCUUCUCUUCUUCAACGUUUUUCCUCUAAUCUCUUCCGUGGGACUUAAGGUGCUAUAUCUCCUAAGAGCUCUCAUAUCCUUCAGAAUUCUCCCUCUGACUGCCUGAUUAUUUUUUCUCUUCUCAAUUGUUACCUACUAUGGGAUCCCUGGGAUAUUCCACCCAGUUACCUAAUCUCUAGGGACCCUGAUCCAGCGUCCUCAUGGAAGCAAUAAAUUCUCCUUUAUGAGAUCUUUUAUUAAAAUUUUUCUGGCCUUUCAUCUCAGGGAUGACUAGAACCAUGGUCCCUUAUGCUUUAGGCUCAUUUAAUGUCAUUUUUCAUUUUCCAGAUCAUUUUUCAUGCCCCAUAACAGAAGUGCAUCCAAGUAUAAAUGGAUAAUAUUUUGAUAUCUUAGCUAAGGUUAAUAUUUCUCUCUUCCUUGUGUUCCCACCCUUGGCCACUCCAACCCCCCGCCCCCCAGUUCAGGCAUCAAUGAAGGUAACACAUGCCUUAAGCCUUAAGAGUUCAUUUGUUACAGCAGAAAUACAAAAACCAAGAAAUAAGUCUGUAUUCAUUUUAAUAUAGCUUUUAAAAGUUAUGACAGACAAAUAAGUUAGGGGAAAGGAAUUUUGAACCUCAAAAGUACCAAAAGUCAAAAUUUUUGUACUGAAGUCAAAAUGUGUUCCCAAAAGUUUAAAUUUGUGAAGAACAAAUGAUGAUAGUAGAAGUUUUAUUCUCCCCUCCUCACUCUUGAGGAGAUAAGAAUUCUCCAGGCAGGAAAAGAAAUGAAAGUCAGUUAGAAGAGUAUUAGAAUACGACUAUAAUACAGGUAUCUGAGAAGGACCGAUACUUUGUCCUUACUUAGGGUUAGUAACAAUGGAAAAAUGAAUAGAGGUAAAAACCACAGACAAAUUUAGUGUCCCUAGAACAAGGGUUUAUAUCACUUCUUAGAUGAAGCCCUGCUAGAUAACCAUAUAGAUUUUCCUGUGCCACCAUGGAAUGUCGAGGACAGUAGAAUGAAUGUAGCUGCAGGAUGUUUCUAGGCAGAUAAGCCUAAUUCAGGCUCGCAGAAUCCCUGUGCAUCCCUGUGUGCCCUGGGAAACAGUAAAACACCCUGUAUACCCCUGCCCCUCACCCCUCCCAGCUAAGGAAGGUAGGAGCCUGUGAGAGACAAAUCCCAGGAGGAACAACCUUGUUGAGACAAUGUAGCAGCAGCUAUAGGUGCUGCAUCCUCUUUUAUAUUCACUAUCUCCUAGCGGAAACUCUUGCAGAGGAAAUGGAUCAACAGAUGGGACUCUGGCUCUCCUGAGUGUGUCCAAGACCACACUCUUGAGAGUAUGUGUGACUUGACUUGGAGUCAUUUUGUCCUUUGAAAUUGUUUUAGGCACUUUGCCUCAUUCUUUCCACUCUGCAAAUCCUGUGUCCAUACACUGCAUCUAGGACGGCAUUAUUUAAUGUACGCAGCUAAUCCUUCCCAUGCCAUCUGUAUCAGUGAGCCAAAAAUAUAAUUAGAGAAAAAAGACAAAAUAUUAACACAUAACUGGUAUAGAUAAUUUGAUGUGAAGAAAUCUAUAUCUCAAUCCUGGACUCAGUUGUUUAUAGCUGGUAUUUUAAACUUUAUAACACUGGCUAAAGUAUCUAACAUUUAUGAGCUGUAUUUUUCUCAUCUAUAACGUGAGAGUGAUAAUACUUUCCUUGAAGAUACAUUGACAGAUUUUGAAUAAUCUCAUUAUAUAGUCAGUGCCUUAUAGAUAGUAUACAAAUUCUUAAGAAAACAUUGCUAGAUAUAUCCAUAAUUAAUUUACUUAAAAGAAUGAAUCAUAUUAUAAAAAAGUCAAUUCUGUUUUUCUGAGCCCUUUAAGGAUUUAGGAGAUUCAAACAAAGAGCUAUGGAUGAAUUUCUUUUCAUAUGUCAAUUGGAGAAUUUUUUUCCACUCUAGAGUG